GCCUCCUGAGUUUGCAGACGCUUCUGGUAUCCUGCAACGGAGAUAAGUCAGUUUCAUCUGGGCUCAAAGUCACAGUUUCUCAGUUGCGUUAUCAUUUUUCAACAUUAUAAGAAGUUUAAGGAGCUUGAAGACUUUUAUUUUUUGCGUUUUUUUUUUUCCUUUAAAGGAAUCUUGCAGGUCAAGCUGUGCGCCCUUACAGACUGUCUCUACAGUCUUUGGGCACAUAACACUUGGAUUAAAAAAAAAAAAGGACUUUAUCUUCCUUUUUUGCAAUUUGAGUAGAAAAUAUUUAAUUUUCUCGCAUGAAUCUCCUCGAUCCUUACCUGAAGAUGACCGAAGAACAGGAGAAAUGUCACUCCGACGCUCCGAGCCCUUGCAUGUCUGAAGACUCUGCGGGCUCUCCGUGCCCGUCCGGCUCCGGCUCGGACACCGAGAACACCCGACCCUCCGACAACCACCUCCUCGGCGGUCCGGAUUAUAAGAAGGAGGGAGAAGAGGAGAAGUUCCCGGUGUGCAUCAGAGAUGCUGUGUCCCAGGUGCUGAAGGGCUAUGACUGGACGCUUGUUCCAAUGCCCGUGCGCGUCAACGGUUCCAGCAAGAGCAAACCUCACGUCAAGAGACCCAUGAACGCAUUCAUGGUGUGGGCUCAGGCAGCGCGGAGGAAGCUGGCCGAUCAGUACCCGCACUUGCACAACGCAGAACUCAGCAAAACCCUUGGAAAACUCUGGAGGCUGCUCAAUGAAGUAGAGAAGCGCCCAUUUGUGGAGGAGGCAGAACGCCUGAGAGUGCAGCACAAAAAGGAUCACCCCGACUACAAAUAUCAGCCAAGGCGAAGGAAAUCUGUCAAGAAUGGCCAAAACGAAUCUGAGGAUGGCGAGCAGACCCACAUUUCCCCGAAUGCAAUCUUUAAGGCCCUGCAGCAGGCUGACUCUCCCGCAUCAAGCAUGGGCGAGGUGCACUCCCCGGGAGAACAUUCAGGUCAGUCACAGGGACCACCAACACCCCCAACCACCCCAAAGACAGAUGUCCCCUCCAGCAAAGCUGAUCUGAAGCGUGAAGGCCGCCCCAUGCAGGAGGGCAGCAGUCGACAGCUCAACAUAGAUUUUGGAGCUGUGGACAUUGGUGAGCUUAGCAGCGACGUCAUCUCCAACAUUGGCAGCUUUGAUGUUGACGAGUUCGACCAGUACCUGCCGCCUCACAGCCACGCUGGGGUUGGAGGCACAGCCCAGGCUGGCUACACAGGCAGCUACGGUAUCAGCAGCUCCUCAGUCGCUCAGGGAGCAAGUGUGGGAGCCCACGGCUGGAUGUCCAAGCAGCAGCAGCAGCAGCAUACUCUGACCACCCUGGGUGGAGCAGGAGAGCAGGCGCAACAAGGUCAACAGAGAACCACCCAGAUCAAGACAGAGCAGCUUAGUCCGUCCCACUACAGUGACCAACAGGGAUCGCCUCAGCACAUUACCUAUGGCUCAUUCAACCUACAGCACUACAGCCCCUCCUCUUACUCUUCCAUCACAAGAGCACAGUAUGACUAUUCAGAGCACCAAAGCAGUGCCAACUCUUACUACAAUCAUCCAACUGGCCAAGGCUCGGGUCUAUAUUCCACCUUCAGCUACAUGAGCCCCAGUCAGAGGCCGAUGUACACCCCAAUAGCUGACAGCACUGGGGUUCCCUCUGUGCCGCAGACCCACAGUCCACAGCACUGGGAGCAGCAGCCAAUUUACACACAACUCUCCAGGCCCUGAGGAGCUGCACACAUCCAUCCAAGACUUCUCUUCCCCAGCCCCCAUCCCCAGUGGCCUUAAUUUCAUUGCCCUUCCCACAUUGCCGAUAGAAAAACACAUCACGGACUUUUUUGUAGCUCUGAAAAUUCAUCUUUAAAUUGGCUCACAGCAGUGCCUUUUGUAUUGUUUGGAAUUGUGAUUAUAUUUUUUUAGAUAUAAUGUUUAAAAAGUAAAAUCCUCUGUGAGGACAUGCUGGUUAUGAGUAUAGUAGUAUGUACUGUGUAUGUGUUCUACUCUCGUUAUUCUCAACAUAAUCAGUGUCAUGAUCAUUGCUUGCUUAAAGAAACAGGGAUGCUGGGUAAACGAAACCCUCAGUGGCCUUUUUGUUCCGUCUCUAUUGUAUUUUUUUAACUGGAAGUUUACUGACGCUGCCAUCUCACUGUAGCCUUCAUUUUGUACUGUACAUAUGCUAACUUCAGUAAUGUCCUGGUGUUGAGCAAUGCAGGAUUGACAUAGACUAGAAGUGUUGGCCAUGAUAUGACCCUGUCUUCAGCAAAGAGUCCAAUGUUGUGCUUUUUGUUUGGUUAUUGUGUUGCAAAUGCUAAAAGCAGGUGCCAUCUAACUCUUCAGGGGGGCCUUACUAUGUUGCUAGAUGUGACAUUGAUGCUUGCUUUUUAUCUGAGUACUGCCUUCAAUACCAUUAGUGCCUCUGAAGCCACAGCAGGGAGGCUUCGCAGUCCGAAGAGACAGCCACGCAGGUCGGAUCUCCUGCUUGAUGAGAUUCAGGAAGUGACCUUUGACCUGGCUCUUGCCAGUGUAAAUCAGGUCUGAGCAUGGUGUAAUUCUAUCACAUAUUUUUCCCCUUAAUUUCUUUCUUUUUCUUAAUUUAUUCUUUAGCAUUAAUUUUAUUGGAGAAAUAUCUUUUUAACUCAGCAGCAGCUAACAGAGUUGAAUUUAGGUUGCUGUCAUAUGUGGUACAAAGUUGCUUAUUUAUCAUUUGUAAAUGUUUUCAUAAAAUUUUGGAUUUAAUUAAAUCAACUUGUGUACAGAAUGCUUAAAAAAAUCACAUGAUCGGUCUUUCUCUGUAUGAAAAACUGAAUGUUUUCUUCUUUUCUAACAUGACUGGAUGAGAAAAGCAGCUGUCAAGAAUUUUGCUGUAUUCAACAGAAUACUUCUGGGGUUUUUUCUAAAAAAGUUGUUUUUUUCCGCUUGUUUUAUAUUCUGUAUAAUUAGUUCUUAUUUUUGUCAUCUUCUUAAUGCAGUUUCCUUAGGUAAACAUCGCAUUGUCUUAAAAGCUUAUCUUUUGUAUUAUUAUUAUUUUUUGUUUGCAAUAAAAGUAAAAGU